GGUCAUUUCCAUUCAAUCAAAGGCCUCAUCGUCCCAGGGGGCCUUGAACCUGAACAAAACUUACGCCGUUGCCGCCACCUGCACUCUCCACUCUCGUAUGCUCGAUUGAGCGCUUAACCACCUUCAACAUGCUGUCAAGGACCACUGCGUCGUCGACGGCCUCGGCGAAGGCUCUCUCACGCGCAGCCCUACCGGCCUGCUCCAGACUCCCCCAGACGCCCGCAUCCCACCAGAGCCGAAAUUUCGCGACGGUCCAAGAAGGCGCCCCGAAACGAACCUAUGGCGGCCUUAAGGACCAAGAUCGAAUAUUCCAAAACUUAUACGGCCGCUUCCCCCCGGAUCUCAAGUCUGCGAAGAAGAUGGGGGAUUGGCACAAGACGAAGGAGAUCAUCCUUAAAGGCCACGAUUGGAUCAUCGACGAGGUCAAGGCAUCGGGUCUGCGCGGAAGAGGGGGGGCCGGCUUCCCCUCCGGCAUGAAAUGGUCGUUCAUGAACUUCAAAGGGUGGGAAAAGGACACAAAACCGAGGUAUCUCAUCGUCAAUGCCGACGAAGGCGAGCCCGGAACCUGCAAGGACCGAGAAAUCAUGCGAAAGGACCCUCAUAAGCUUGUCGAAGGAUGCUUAGUCGCCGGCCGAGCCAUGAAUGCUACCGCUGCCUAUAUUUAUAUCCGCGGCGAGUUCAUCUACGAAGCCUACGUCCUACAGAAGGCUAUCAACGAAGCGUACGCCGACGGAUUGAUCGGAAAGAAUGCCUGCGGCUCCGGCUACGAUUUCGACGUCUUCAUACACCGCGGAGCUGGUGCGUACGUCUGCGGCGAAGAGACGUCGUUGAUCGAGUCUCUCGAAGGCAAGCCCGGCAAACCGCGUUUAAAGCCGCCGUUCCCGGCUGCUGUAGGUGUCUUCGGUUGCCCGUCUACCGUCGCCAACGUCGAAACCGUUGCGGUAGCGCCGACGAUCUGCAGAAGAGGCAGCAGAUGGUUCGCCUCCUUCGGCAGGGAACGCAACCAGGGAACUAAGCUUUUCUGUAUUUCCGGCAACGUAAAUAACCCGGCCACGGUAGAGGAGGAGAUGAGCAUACCCCUGCGGGAGCUUAUCGAGAAGCACUGCGGCGGUGUCAAGGGGGGCUGGGAGAACCUGCUCGCCAUCAUCCCGGGUGGUUCCUCUACUCCCAUCCUCCCUAAGCACGUCUGCGACGACCAACUCAUGGACUUCGACGCGCUCAAAGACAGCCAAUCGGGUCUCGGUACUGCAGCUGUUAUCGUAUUAGACAAGUCGGCGGACGUCGUGCGAGCGAUCGCUCGAUUAAGCCACUUCUAUCGCCACGAGUCUUGCGGGCAAUGCACGCCAUGCCGGGAGGGCAGCAAGUGGACCGAGCAAAUAAUGAGCCGAUUUGAGAAGGGAAUUGGCCGUGAGCGUGAGAUAGACAUGCUGCAAGAGCUCACAAAACAGGUGGAAGGGCACACUAUCUGCGCUCUUGGCGAAGCGUUCGCCUGGCCCAUUCAGGGCCUCAUCCGCCAUUUCAGACCCGAGCUGGAAGCUAGGAUGCAGAAGUAUGCGGCGGCGAAUGGCGGCGCUAAGGCCCUGGCCGGAGGAUGGAGCCCGAAUUCCCGAGCAGAGGGCAAGCUUGUCUCCCCCGGGCAAUAGAUGUGAGGGUGUCGCCGAUUACACACGGAGCGAUGCCGUAACCCUGGGGACUAGGGGCUCGCCGGCACUGUACUCUACAAUUCCUUCUUUACCUUGUACAUACCCUUGCCAUCCGACCACAGUGCUGAAUACAAGGCCCUUCACAAUGAUUCCAGCUUCUACCUUGACUUUAUGGUCUCCAAAGUGUAAUAGUGUCUACGUUCCGGCGUCUCUUAUAC